AUGUAUCGGAAGUUGUCUAAGUUAGAACACUCGGAAAUAAAACAACUUCUUACAGAAGCUAAUAUAGAUGUUGCAAAGCAUUACACAACAAACAAAAAGGCACUCGCUGACAUCCUCAAUGACUAUAAUGGUGAAAUAACUUAUGAUAGAAUUCAUGAGUUCAUAAAGCCGCAACGCGGCGAGGACGAAGUCCAUGCAAGAGCAUUUCCUUUAAAUGACGUUGCUAUUGACUUAUAUCAUAGACGUUCAAUACCUCAUGAAGUAAGAAGAGAAAUGUUUGACAUAACAAAUGCAAACGUUGGUCAUACUCGUAAAGCUCUUUCACAUGACGUUCGUCAAGAGAUGUUUGACAUAACAAAUGCAAACGUUGGUGAAACAAGAAGAGCUGUACCACAUGAAGUAAGAAGAGAAAUGUUUGACAUAACAAAUGCAAACGUUGGUGAAACACGAAAGAGAGAUGACACACUGAAACAACAGAGAAGAGAGAUGUUUAAAAGUGCUAUAGAACAAGUUCGCAAAGCUAAUAAUGUCAUUCGUUCCAUUGACGACAAACCAAAAGAAGGUGAGAGAUGGUUAAAGAAAGAUGAAGAAAAUAGGAAGAGGAAUGUGAAGUCAGGCAAUAGACUCAUUGACUUUAACAUCGAAGCUUUAGAUGAACCAAACAGAGACUACUUACACAAACAUUUCGGUAA